UAUUGUAGUUCAUGACGUUUGUGAAUGUGUAGUACAUGCAGCAAGUUUAAACAGGUUUUUCGUUUUGUUAUGAGACUUCGCACACAUGUCUGGCUUCAGCGCCGAACUAAUAGACUACCUGGAGGGUAGAAUAACUUUUGAAGAGUUCGACAGAAGGAGGGACGAGCGGAAAGCCAAGGAGUCAGAGGUAACACCUGAAGAUGUGGAGGAAGAUGCUCAGCCUUCCACCUCGGCACAAGCAGGAAAAACCGAGGACGACGUCAGCCCAGGAGUCCAGCUGGCCUUCGCCUCCAUGCUGGGAGAAACGGCAGAAGCUCCGUCGUCUGAGGCCGAGGACGAAGAGGAGGAGGAGGACAGCCUGAGCUACGUCGACGAUGAAGACGACAGGGAUUACAAUGCAGAGGAGGAGAAAGAGGGGAGAAAGGCUGAGACGGAGAAGAAGCCGAGGAGAGGAGGGAAACAAGCGAGGACGAGGAGGAGGAGGAGGAAGGAGAAGAAGCAGGAAGCUGAGGAGGAAGAUGCGGAGGAUGUGACGGUGGGAGACGUGUUUGCUCUGGAGAUGGAGCUGAACCGGGAAAACAAGAAAAUGAUGAAGGGGCGGCGUCAUGGCAGCAAACUGCCUCGGGCUCUUCGAGGUCUGAUGGGAGAAGCCAACAUCCGCUACGCCAGAGGAGAGAAAGAGGACGCCAUCCUGAUGUGUAUGGAAAUCAUAAGGCAAGCUCCUCUAGCCUACGAGCCUUUCUCUACGCUGGCUAUGAUCUAUGAGGACAACGAGGACAUGGACAAAGCGCUGCAGUUCGGUCUGAUCGCCGCCCACCUCAACCCGUCAGACUGUGAGGAGUGGAUCAGGCUGGCAGAAAUGUCUCUGGAGCAGGACAACAUCCGGCAGGCCAUCCUCUGCUACAGCAAAGCUAUAAAGUAUGACUCCACCAAUGUGCGCUACCUGUGGGAGCGCUCCAACCUCCACAUGCGUCUGGGGGACCACAAACAGUGCAUGGACGGAUACCGCAGGAUCCUGUCGCUGCUGCCGCUGGAGGACGGAGAGCACUUCAUGCAGCUCUCCAAGGAUAUGGCCAAGAGUUACUAUGAGAGCAAUGACCUGCCCUCAGCUCUGAGUGUGAUGGAGGAAGCUCUGGCCCGACAUCCCGACCUGGUCAGCGACGACUUCAUCAACAUGGCAGCCGAACUCUACGUCGCCAACCGCCAGUACAACAAAGCCCUGCAGGUCUUGGUCCAGUUUUCAGGCAUCGUUCUGGUCCGAACUGAACCCACAGCAGGCGUCUCUGCACCAACACAAGAGAAGAAAGAGGCAGAGAAGGUGGCUGAGGAUCAGGAGGAGAACGACGGAAGUGUAAAAUCAAAACCUGCAGAGGAAAUGGAUUGUGGUACCAUUCAGGAUGUCCAGGUACCCGACAGCGUCCCAGUAGACCUGAGGGCCAAACUAAUCGUCUGCCUCAUACACCUGCAGGUCUACACACCUCUGGAGGGCUUGGUGUCCAUACUGAUGGAGCAGAGUCCGGAGGAGAUCGGUGACUUGUACCUGGACGUAGGUGAAGCUUACUUGGAGCAGGGGGAGUACAUGUCUGCUCUGCCUCUGCUGUCCGCCCUCAUCAUAUCCGACAAGUACAACCUGGCUGUUGUUUGGCUGCGACAUGCAGAAUGUCUGAAGGCUCUGGGCCACAUGGAGGCAGCAGCACAGAGCUAUUCCAGGGUGGUCCAGAUGGCUCCUCAGCACCUGGAGGCCCGGCUUUCCCUCGCAACUCUGCAGCAGCAGCUUGGCCGGAUGGACUGCGCCCUGAAGGCGUUGGAGUCCAUGUAUGACAGCGACACACUGGCACAGGAUUCAUCAGCCGCACAGAAGGAGUUGAAGCUGCUGCUGCAUCGCUCCACUCUCCUGAAAACACAGGGGCAAAUCCAGGACUACCUGGAUGCUAUGAUUACAAUGAUCUCCAUGCUGCUGAAGGUGGCCAUGCAGCGAGCUAAGGUGUGUGUGUGCUCCGUAAACGUGUCGGGCAAGAACCACCUGAAGCUGGUGAAGGUCGAGAACGUGCUGCCAGAGAUUGCCGACCAUGAAACUGCCUAUCUGGACAACACUGGUAAAACCAACGUUCUGUCUAAAGAGGACUGGUGGCAGCUGCUGGUGAGCUCCGUGUUGACCCUCUGUGAGGUGCAGCGCUACGAGGAGGCCGAGCUGCUCGUGGAUUCGGCCAUGGAGUUUUACUCCUUCUACGACAACAAGCCCAGGAGGAAGGAGCUGGAGUUCUUCGGCUUGUCUGCCACCAUCCUCGACCACAACUACUGCAAAGCGUACGACUACAUCAGAUUGAUGCUGAUGGAAAAUGUGGAUCUGCCCCAGCUGUGGAAUAUUUUCAACCAGCUGACGAUCACCUCCCAGCACCAGCGCCACCAUCGCUUCUGCCUUCGUAUGCUGCUAAAACAUCCGGACAACCACGCCCUGUGUGUCCUCUGUGGACACAACGCCAUGGUGUCAGGGAGCUUCAAACACGCUCUAGGUCAGUAUGUGCAGGCUUUCCAGACUCACCCCGACAACCCGAUGCACAGCCUUUGUGUGGGUUUGACCUUCUUCCACAUGGCAUCUCAGAAGUAUGUCGGCAAACGACACACGCUGGUGCUGCAGGGAUUCUCCUUCCUGUGGCAGUAUGUGGAGCUGCGUGGAGAGUGUCAGGAGACGAUGUACAACCUGGGCAGAGCGCUGCACCAGAUGGGCCUCACACAUUUAGCCAUUCAUUACUACCAAAAGGCACUGACACUACCUGCACAGAAACUGGAGGGCAUCGCAGAUGAUCAGGUAGAUCUGAGGCGGGAGAUCGCCUUCAACCUGUCGCUCAUCUACCAGGCCAGUGGAAACCUAGAGAUGGCCCGACAGCUCAUCAACACACACUGCAUCGUUUAGUCCCUGGUCUUCAGCCGGGCUUCUAAUGUUUGAGCUUUGAGACUCCAGAACGUUGAGGACUCAGAACGCCUUAUUCAGAAAUAAACACAUGCAUUGGUAAAAGAUGAACUAAAAAAAAAAAGGAAAUAAAUACGUUUUUAUAGAGAAGAACUUAAAAAGCUGCUCAGUCCAGACUUCUACAAACAUUUAUUUCUACAUUUCUUCAUUUAUUUCUCUAUAUUAAUGUUCACAGGCUUACGAGAUACCUUUUUACUGCAUCGUAAAGCAUGCAUGGAUCUUUUUAGCUGGAUUAUUUUUGCUUUUAAAGUCUAGCCGACUAAUACUGAUUUAAUCCAGCUGCAAGACGUGUAAUUCGUAAAGCAAUAUACAGAUAACUGAAGACAUUUAGAAAUAAAGUAGAAAGGCAGAAAUUAAAAACAUCUCCAAGCUGAAAGAAAUUAAAAAUCGUAAAAACUGAUGCUUUAUUUUUAAAUUAAUGACAAACCAGUCAUUAAUCAUUCAAUAAUGUAGGCAUUCAUUCAGCUUUUACUUAAUUAAAUAUAAAAUUAUUUAAUGGUUUCACGUUUAUCUAUGAAUGUGUUUACUUUUGAAUAAGUCGGGAUGUGUGCUUUGCACUAAAGUUACUUCGCAAGCAGUAAGGAUGUGUGAUACUAUUUUUUUAAUAGAGUUUAUAUUUUUCUAACUUUUCUGCUUGUGAAUGAAUUCAGAUGUCAGUUAUCAUUUCAGUUAAAACAAACCACGGCCAGGUGGAACAGUGAAUGUUUGCUGUUUAAGAUGUCUCUUCAACAGAUCAGAUUCUUAGUUUACACAUUGUAAAGUUCUAUUUUUGUUACCACAACGUUCUCUGUGUCAUACGUUUAUGUGUUUCUAAAUCAAAUAAAUAUGUUUCUUUGGA